UAUCACUCAUCUCUACAAAGAAAACUCCUCAGUUCCCACCUCUUCACAUUCAUUAUAAUUCUUCUUUUCUUUUCUUUCUUCUACUUCUUCUUGAGAUCAUGUCCUCAAUGAUAGGCUCACAAGGGGUGGUCUUUGCAACUGCCAUGGCUGUCUCAGGUACUGUAAUCCUUCUCGCUCUGCGUUUGCAGAGGUCUUUCCCUCCUCUCCACUUGCCUGUUCACGAAAUCCACUCUUCUCCAACUCCGAUUCUGCGAUCUUGCUUAUCCUCUGAUGGAAAGAAGAGGGAGAACAAGAAGAAGAAACGGGUGCACUUUGCGGAGGAUGUGGUGGAGUCUUGUAGAGAUGGAGAAGAGUUGAGGAAGCGACGAGGGGUGAGUGAGGAUUCUUUCAAGUCAAAGUCAGAAUCGAAGGUUGAAAGGAAUUAUAAUGGCGAAACGAAGAUCAGAGGAAUGCCUGCUAACAGAGUAGCUUUGUAUAAUGGAAUUCUUAGGGAUCGUGUGGCCCAACGUUUGGCCUACUCUUAUUGAUUUGGUUUUUCUGUGAAUAUUCUGUGAUUAUGCUUCUUUUCUUUUUGAUUUUUUUUACAAGUAUAGUAGAGGAAUGGUCCACCACUAACUCUCUUCAUAGGACACAGGGUAUGGUGUCUUGUGAAUGGUGAAGGGAAUUUUGUUGAUAAUUUUGGAUAAUUUCCGUGUCCCCAUGUCCUCGUAACUCCAAAACCAUUUCUCUCUUCCUCUCUUUCCCUUGUUUCUCCUCUUUUCUA